AUGGCUUCAUACAAAUUUUCCAAACCCUUUCUAAAUAAAACUGAAGGGGUCAGAAAGAAAAAAGGAGGAAAAAGAGUGAAAGAGGCUAUGAUGACAAGAGGAAAUGUGGUUGCAGGCACAGGGUGUAGUGUGUUCUCACUUCAAGCUAGUAGGGAGAGUGAAAUCUAUGUAUUUUGGAUUGUUGUGAGUCCAGCCAUGAGUGUUGCGAAGAUCUGUGGAAGAAAAGAGGUGCACGCUGUGAAAACCAUGAACUAUUUGGUAUCAUUAUUAUCAACUCUAACUGACCAAUCAGCGCUUGUUGUGAUUCUGCAAGAAAUUAAAGCUGUUGGAUUACUACAUCAUAAUCUGUUAGCGGACAAUAUCAUGGAAAUUAGUAAACUAUCGCAAUGUGGGUCAAGUGCAGUCAGAAUUCUUGUUCAUCAGCUGAAGGAUGAUCAUAAAAAAUAUUGUGGACAGAAGGAAAUGAGAUCUGUGUCAAGCCAGACUGAAGGAACUGUCACAAUUAUCACUGUUGGCAACCCAGCAUAUCCUAGCAACGUAGUAGGUGUAAGACAACAACAACAACAGCCUAACAGUGCGAGAUCCAGUCAACAAAGUCUAUCAAAAGCUUCAAGGAACAGUUCAUCAAAUGUCCGAACAUUGAAUGAUCGUCCUGUAAGUCCGGCCUCAACACUGGACCGAGCUUCAUUAAACAGUGCUCUCACACUGAGCAGUAAUCCUGGAUUGCCACCAGAACCAGUUAGAGAUGGAGUUCAACACUUCUGUGAAAAGCAUUUAAGUACAAUACGAAACUUCAUCAGCAGUUUAUCAGCCAGAAUACCACUUCCAGCUAAAUGCAGCAUAGUUGAUGGUCGACACAAACGUUAUGUGAGAUUAAAUUUCCAAUGUGGAAUAAAUGGAAAGCAUUGUUUGUAUGGAAAACAGUUCUUCACCCUUAACACCAAACUUCCCAAGACAUGGAUACAUCUUAUGUUCCUAGCAGUACAGGCACAGUCUCAGUCUGCAUUGAGUCAACAAGAUGUAAAUGUGAGCAGUCUGAAAGCAUGCUGGGAUGCAUUGUAUCCAGAGAAGGGAAAUAGCGGAUAUCUUACACUUGUCACCUCAUCAUUCCCUGUUGCUAAGGAUCAAGAUGCGUUGUUACAAGAAAUGCACAAUGUGCGAUAUUUUGACGUGUUCGAGUUCAAUGCAGUGAAGAAAUACUGGGCAUGUUUUAUGUGUAACCAUCCCGAGAAAAUGUCCGAGCUGAUGCCUGACGGCAAUCCCGUCAUAGCUGGUCAGCUGAAGGAGAAGAAAGGAAGAUGGAGGUUUCUGAAGCGAUGGAAGACAAGAUACUUCACGUUAUCUGGAACUCAGAUAAGCUACAACAAGAGUGAUUCAAGAAAAGAAACAUUACCCGUGAGAGAGAUACAGAGUGUAAAAGCUGUAAGGAAGGGUAUACGUGACAUUCCAAAGGCAUUUGAAAUCUUCACUUCUGAUCAGAAUUAUGUAUUCAAGGCCAAAGGUCAACAGAAUAUUGAACCAUGGGUACAAUGUAUACAUCUAGCAGUCGCUAAAGCCAAUGACGAGGGUGGGGAAGAGCACCAGGUUGUCGAGGAUAUGAUGUUACAGAGACCUAGAUCAGCUGUCCGAGAUACUAAAUUAUAGCAUUACACGUUAUAUAUAAAGAACAAAUGUUAAACCUGUAAGGCAAUAGCAUUUUUUUUUCAUAAAGAGCAGCUGAUAGAAAAAGAGGAAUAUUUUGGAAAAAGUAGCUACCAG